GAAACAUAAGAAUUCCCUCCACCUCCCCUACUUGUAGCUUCCCCUGUAUGGUUCCCGAGGUGCACACACAUUCAGCAUGCUCGAGCACUCGAGCACGCAGGUGUCCGGUAGCCUGCUACCAAUAAGAUCGACAUGGCUGGAAUCAGACAAACCGGAGAAGGUUGCCAUGACCCAACUUGUGGCAAAGCCCCUGAACUUGAGGCUUAAAUAAACGUGAACACUUUGUCACUGGCCCCUAAGGUGGAGCGUCCCUUUUGCCUUUGCCUUUCCGCGAGGAACCCUUGACCCGGUUCGCCAAGUUUACAGUAUUAAUACCAACGCUGGGAGAGAGUUCGCGUAUGAUACCUAAGCGCGAGCUGCUCGAGUGUCACGGGUACCGCACAAGUUCAUCUUUUCCGGAAACCAGACACUUCGAAGCGCACAAGUUAAGCGUUAUCAUAUGACAUCCGAAUAACGGGAAAUUUAUUGUGGGAGGCCCUUGAUACUAUACCGGUGCCGCACCAUACCGGUAGGAGUGCUUGUACUGGGUGGGCCUUUUGAUGUGCGCUCAAAAGAGCUCGAGAAAUUGUCACCGGACCGACCAUCGCCGCACACUUGCUACAAGCUUACUCCACCGGAAGGAUCUUGUCUUGGAUUUUUCCAUCGCGCUUCUACCUCGAGGGCUAUCCCCUUUUGGUUGGUUUAGAGGAUUGGGGGGGGGGGGUCUCUCUUAGUACAGUACCGGUACAGUAACUUACGGUGGUCUCUAGCCCUACCGGUAAGGUUUGAGAAGCUCCUCGCCGCCUUCAAAAUCUAUUCGCGUCCAGUAAGACCCAGCAGCAUACGGUAUCAUAUUUCAUUGGCUACUCCCUUCUCUAUCAUCAUGAUUUAAACCUCCUGUCCUCUCCUCCUCCCCAUUGUUUUCCUAUACCGUAGCUCCCUACCCAACACAAAGCAGCAGUAACGCUACCCUCAAGUGCUCUUUUCGAUUGAUUUUCUCCCUCUCUCUGUUUUUCUUCUUUUUCUCUUUUUUUUUCUUGGAAGAAAACAAAUAAGUAAAUACAUUCAUCGUCCCAGCUUCUCCCACGUUCCUUUAACCUCGAUCUUAACCAUCACUAGGCAAACACUGCUCAAGUAUGACUUAUUCAGAUAUGUGAGUGGGCAGUCAUCCAAAACAACCUGUGAAGGCCUGUUUCAAUUGACCUAAUUUUUUGGUUGUAGAUGUGUGGAUGUGCUUGUCAUUGGAGCUGGCCCAACUGGACUUGGUGCUGCAAAAAGGCUGAACCAGCUGGUAUAAAAAAAUCCCUCUACCCUCUACCCCCUGCCUCUAAUCCUCAGUCUCUAAACGCGCUUUGGAAUUAGAACGAAGCUUCAUGGCUUUUGCUUGAUUCUAGCGAGACUCCCGGAGGCCUUGCUUCCACCGAUAUCACUGAAGAGGGUUUUGUAAGUUUUCAGCCCCUCUGUAUUCCUGAAAAGUGCUACAAUUAAUCUCGCCUUCGCAGCUCUAUGAUGUUGGUGGUCACGUCAUCUUCUCCCACUACAAGUACUUUGAUGAUUGUCUCAACGAAGCUCUUCCCCGAGAGGGUGAUUGGUAUACCCACCAGCGGGUUUCAUAUGUUCGUUGCAAGAACGUUUGGGGUGAGAAAUCCAUUCCACCUUGACUAAAUCCGUGCUGACCCAACCAAGUCCCGUAUCCCUUUCAGAACAACAUAGGCAUGUUACCGGAGGGUGACCUGGUUAAUUGCAUGAUGGGGAUGAUUGAUGCGGCUCUUGAAGCAAGCGUAUCGAAUGAGAAACCCCGGAAUUUUGAUGAGUGGAUUCUAAGGAUGAUGGGCAAGUUGCUUUCUUCCUUGUUCAUACUGCCUAUAUUCUCUUCCUAGCUUCCUAAUUUAUACUCUUUUAUUAGGUGAGGGGAUUGCCAACCUUUUCAUGCGUCCAUAUAACUUUAAGGUUUGGGCCGUCCCAACCGCUGAGGUAAACAUCAAGCCCCUCCCAUGAGCAUGGUAUUCGCGCGUUUGGCUGAUUCCUCAUUAAGAUGCAAUGCGAGUGGCUUGGCGAGCGAGUCGCUGCGCCAGACCUUAAAACCGUCAUAAGAAAUGUUAUCCUGCAGAAGCCAGAGGGAAAUUGGGGACCUAAUGCUACCUUUCGCUUUCCCGCUCGCGGUGGGACUGGAGCAAUCUGGAUUGCCGUUGCGGAUACGCUUCCUAAGGGUAACCUGAGACUAGGUGCUGAGGGGGCAGUCGAGAGGGUUGAUGCCGAGGCAAAGACUGUAAUCCUGAAAGGUGGUAAGACUAUACGCUACCGGAGCCUGGUAAGCACAAUGCCCGUGGAUUCCCUGGCCGAAAGGAUGGGCGACGAGGAGUUGGUAAGCCUGACAAAGGUCCUCUCCUACUCCGCCACUCAUAUUGUUGGGAUUGGCCUCCGAGGUGUAAGGCCGGAGAACAUUGGCGAUAAAUGCUGGGUGAGUCUUGUAUUAGUAACCCUCGCCGCUGCGCUUAUUCAUUCUAAUCAGCUCUCGUUCAGCUUUACUUUCCUGAAGAUGAUUGCCCCUUCUACCGCGCAACCAUUUUUAGCAACUAUUCUCCCAACAAUCAGCCUCAGGCCAGUGUCAGGCUUCCUACAAUCCGAAGAGCCGAUGGAAGCGGGCCAGAUGGCCAUGAAGCAGAGGAGGGCCCUUACUGGUCUUUGAUGAUGGGUGAGCACAAUGAUCCCAAAGUUUUGGUCGCCCUGUCAUUAAGUCUCUGCUAGAAAUAUCGGAAUCUUCCAAGAAAGCAGUAAACGAGAGCAGAAUCAUCGAGGAUACGAUCAAAGGCUGCAUCAACACCAAUCUCAUUGGUGCAAACGCUGAAAUAGUCUCCACCUACCAUAGGCGAUUCGAUCAUGGUUUAUCUCCCCCGUGGUGCCCCAAUUCGGCUUGCUAAUGUUGGAUUGAUAAGGAUACCCAACCCCGACCCUCGAGAGGGAUGAUGUAUUGAAGCAAUUGCUUCCUAAGCUACAAGCCAAAGGAAUAUAUUCGAGGGGUAGAUUUGGUAGUUGGAAAUAUGAAGUCGGGAAUCAAGACCAUUCAUUUAUGCUCGGAGUAGAGGCGGUUGAUAAUAUCCUACGCGAAGGUAACAGGCAGAGAGGCAUAGUUGUUUUUUUCCCAAAGUACUGACUGAACGGACAUCAAAUAGAUGCCGAACUCACCCUGAACUAUCCCAAUUUUGUUAAUGGCCGGGCUAAUGUCGAAAGGAGUCUGGCUGAGGGGAAAACCGUACUUCCGACAUUUCCAGCAGAUCAGAAGUUGCUGAAAAGGUAGAGAAAUGGAUAUGAGCUAGCCUUGUAUAAUUAAGCUUGGAGAGGCAUGGAUCGGAGUGGGAUGGACAUUUUCUUCUUUUCUUUUUCUUGACAGCGCGAAGACUAAUCGUGUUCAUCAUUACGGGCGAGAAAUUUUGCGGGGUUUUUCUGUCAAAAGCUAUGUUUUCACUGGUAUGAUACAAUGCUGGACAAUAGAUAGCUCUCCAUCCAUCCAUCAUCCACACUCCUUGAAAUGAGUCCUCGUUGGUAUACGAGUCCUACAUGGAAAAUCACUCGUUUGUAGUCCUGCUCACGUGCGGGCAGCCGGUGACCAAGCCGUAGAAACGGUAGUCGAGUGCCGUCGAAACUAUGAUACCAAUGACCCCGAGGGAACUUGCGAACAGGAGAUUGAGGAAUUGAAAUUCACGAAUGAAGAUUUACCCAUUAUAGGGCGUGUUCGGCUUGUGCAUGACAAAUUUCAUAAUCAUCAAUGUCCUAAGUGAUAUACCGGUAUAUGUUCAAAAGUAUGCGUUUUCCGGUGGGGGUACUGUACAAGUACCGUACAGUACAAAAAUGUUUGUGCGAGAUUUUUUUUUU